AUGGCUGAAGGGUCAAAUGCAAAAGAGCAAAUAUUUCAGACAAAACUUCGGUACCUGAAGGUGGAAAAGGUGAAGAAAAAGAGGGGUGGGAAGGAGCCAGAAGCGACUGCUGCAAAGGCUUUAAAGAAGGCAGUUAAGGGAGAGUCACACCAGGGACUCUUGAUAUUUACUCCCGAAAAUUUCAGGCUCAAGAUGGCUGGUGGCAAAACGCUGGACUCCACGGGAGCAAGAUGGAAUACAAUUAAGUUUCGCAAGACCGAACCCGCUUCCAAUGCUGCUGUAGUUGCCUAUCCGGGAGAUGCAAAGAUCCCCUACUACGUGGUCACCAAGGCUAGCCAGAAGCCGGCAGCGAAGGAUAACCAAGAGCCCUCCAAGGAAACGGAGGACAGUGUGACGGUUGCCCCAGCUAAAACAAAUGAAAGCCCUUCCACUGCUAGAGAUAAAAAAACAAUGAAAAUGCAGGACACAGUGAUUCAAUCAACAGUUGAGAGCUCUGAGGAUAGUGAUGAUAUAGACCUGCAGCGAUCACCAACACCAUAUUCUUCAAGUUCGACAACUACAGCCCGCAAACCUCCAGAAUCCAGCAGAAGAUCUCUGUCAAAAACACAAAGAUCUUAUGAAAGCGCCAGCCCAGAUCUUCCGAGCCAGUCGGCUUAUGACGCCACCUCCAGUUCUGAUUCCGAUUCAAAAAGGACUUCUGCGUCCGCCUCGAAGAGGACUUCUAGUAAACAAGGUGAAGCAGCAGUUCGGGUAACCUAUAUUUCUACGGACCCCAUAGAAGCUAUUAUUGAACAAGUACCUAAGGAACCGGAGAAACCAGAGGAAAAGAAGCCCUACAAAACCACCUUCAUAUCUAGUGAUAAAAAGGAAAGGCAGUCGAGAGGCCGCUCUAGUUCACAUCGACCUAAGAAGGAACAGGAACAACCCAAAACGGAGUUUCCCGAUUAUGUUCCCGGAAAGGGAGUAGCUGUCACCCCAGAAGGAAGUACGUUCCUCUACUGCAUUCGAUGUAAGCACGCGAGUUGUUCUACCUCCCGUAAAAGUAGUAGCAGCAGAAGCAGCAGUAGCAGCAGCAACAAGCGCAGUAGCAGCAGCGGCACUUGCUGUUGCAAUUGCGAGGAUUAUCGCCGUAUAGAUGACGAAGAUUCUAAAGACUGGAGGAACGCAAAACCCAUCAUAGUCCGGGUUCAACCACUUUCAAAGUCCAUAAAAUUGGAGCCGUUGACUAAAAACCGAACUGCAAGACGAGCUGAAUCAGUUGACUCUAUAUCCUUAACGGAAAGCAGCAUCACCUCUACGACUGAAGAUGCUAUCGUCAAUCUUCCUCGCAAAAGCCCACCGAACAUCUUUUUUGUCAAAGACGAGGAGGAGCCGCGGAACAGGAGGAGACAUCGGACAUGUUCUCACAGACGAUCGGGUGCAAACUGA